AUGAGGAAAUGCCAAAGGGCAGGUCAGUCUGAACUGAUCGGUUCAUCUCAGCCAAUAGUAGCAACUCUUGGUGGAGAUGUGGUUUUACCAUGUUACCUGCAGCCUGCUGAAGAUGCCACUGACUUGACGGUGGAGUGGACGAGAUCCAAUCUGGAACCCACAUUUGUUCACGUUUGGCGCUCCCAACAGGAACUUGUUUCUGAAAAACACAUAUUGUUUGUGGGGAGAACAUCUCUGUUCAUUAAUGAGCUGACGAAAGGAAACAUUUCACUGAAACUCUCCAAAGUGAAACUCUACGACAAGGGACAAUACAGAUGUUUUAUUCCAUCACUGGGGAAGGAGACUUUUGUUCAGCUACGAGUUGCUCCUGUCUCCUCACCCGUCAUCAGUUUAUCAGGGAUGGACAGAGACAGAGGAGGAGUGGUGUUACAGUGUGAAUCCAGAGGCUGGUAUCCAGAGCCUGAGGUGUUGUGGCUGGACGCUGAGGGAAACCUGCUCUCUGCUGGACCUCCAGAGACAGUCAGAGGUCCUGAUGACCUCUAUACUGUCAGCAGCAGAGUUACUGUGGACAAGAGACACAGCAACAGCUUCACCUGU